AUUAAACGCAGGUGCUGCAUGGGCUUAUAAUAAGUUAGUUUACGCACUACGUUUCCCAAUGAAAUAGUUCAGAUCAAAGUCCACAUUUAAUAGCCUUGUGGUUUCAGAAACUUCCGCACACCAGAGGUAAGCAUACAAUGCCACACGAGGUAUGGCUAGUAGUCUCCACGUGAUUCUUACCUGCGCCUGGGUUUGCCUUUCCUCACCUUUAAGCGAGGGACAGAUUGUUUACAGAAAUGUGCCCAUACCAGAAAAAGCCCAUUUUGCGGAAACCUUUGAUUCUGCGCCACUGGACAGACGAUGGGUCCUGUCCAAAGCAGGCAAAGUGGGGGAGGAGAACCUGAAGUAUGAUGGGCACUGGGCUGUGGAGGAGCCUGAUCAUCCGGUGUUGCCAGGAAACAGAGGACUGGUGAUGAAGAGUCCGGGUCGUCAUCAUGCUAUUGCUGCGUACCUGCGUUCCAUGUACCACUUCAGGGACAAACCUCUCUGCCUGCAGUAUGAAGUGCUCUUCCUGAAGGGUGUUGACUGUGGUGGGGCCUACAUCAAGUUGCUCUCUGGGUAUGAUGGGCUCCAUGUAAGCCAGUUCAACGAUGCCACUCCUUACACCAUCAUGUUUGGACCAGAUAAAUGUGGUAAAAGCCACAAGGUCCACUUCAUCUUCCGCCAUCGUAACCCGGUGACGGGGGAGUACGAGGAGAAGCACGCGCGACAGCCUGACGUGGACCUGAGCGAUUACUUCAACGACCGCAAUCCCCACCUGUACACACUGCGCUUGUAUCCAGAUAACACCUAUGAAAUUCUCAUCGACCUCAUGGUCAUCAGUAAAGGCAGUUUGCUGGAAGACAUGGAGCCUCCAGUGAAUCCGCCCAGGGAAGUGUUAGACCCUGGCGAUACUGCACCACAGAGCUGGGACGACAGACCUCACAUCCCAGACCCCACUGCUACAAAACCCCUGGACUGGGAUGAGGAAGCUCCAGAGCUCAUCCCUGACCCUGCAGCCCAGAGACCCGAUGGCUGGCUGGGGGAGGAGGAGCCCUUCAUCCCUGACCCUAUGGCACGGCCCCCAGACGACUGGUCUGAGGAAAUGGAUGGGGAGUGGGAGGCUCCUUUGGUUCCUAACCCCUCAUGCACUCAUGCUGUUGGCUGUGGUCCCUGGGCCCCACCCAUGGUCCCUAACCCCGCCUACAGAGGGAAAUGGAAGCCUCCUAUGAUUGACAACCCCAACUAUCAGGGGAAAUGGCAACCUCGCUCCAUCCCAAACCCAGGCUACUUCGAGGACCCGCACCCCUUCCGGAUGAGCCCUGUGGGGGCCGUGGGGCUGGAGCUCUGGUCCCUGACUGCGGGGGUGCUGUUCGACAAUAUCCUGCUGUCUGACGACCUGAACACCGCCCAGCGCUGGACUCAGGACACCUGGGGACAGAGACAGCCGCCGAGGCUGCUGGAACGGCUGUUUGUGGCCACAGUAAAGCGGCCAUGGCUGUGGGGGGUGUAUGUCUUCACUGUGGGCCUUCCCAUCAUACUGUUUAUCAGUUUCAUGUGGCCUGAUAAGCGAUUUGGCCCCCCCGAUCAGGAUUAUUACUACAAAAAAUCAGACGAGCCUCAACCCGACAGCCCACAGGACCUUGAGGGCCACCCCAGCCUGAGUGACUACGGGGUGACUAACAGAACUGGGCCGAGGAAGAGAGAGAUCCAAAGGGCCCAGAAAAAGUCAGAUUUGGAGCUCAAGGUUAAAGAGUGAUGAUGACGCCCUGCUGUCUUCAGCCAACUCUCAGUAUUCCAACAAUAAGCCCUCAGAAUUCCAGUGAGGAGGAAAUGAAAUGACAAUAGCAGCUGUCUUGCUCAUAUUUCAAAAUGGGCUGAAAGAGGAUCAGAUGUACAACCGGAGUAAGAAUCUGAGAUGAGAGAGUCAGAUAUACAACCUGGUGAAGAACCUGCUUGCUUGGACUGGUUGGUCCACUGUGAAUAUUGUUCUGUGGAAGUCUAAACCAAUAAAAAUGCCUGUUUCGGUGAUCCUUGUGUGUCUAAAAA